AUGGCAUUCAACUUCAACUGGACGCCGCUUACUACCUCCUCGACGACAUCGUCGGCCUUCUACACGCAUGCUAAGUCACUGCUCACUGCCGCCCUUAACAAGUCGCAGAAACCGCCAAUCAUCGUCGAUGACAUUUUCGUCGAGGAGCUAAACCUGGGGCAGAGCGCGCCGGAUCUGGAGAUACUCGAGAUUGGGGACCUGGCGGAGGAUAGAUUUAGGGGCAUCUUCAGGAUGAGCUAUGAGGGGGAUGCGUCUUUGACUCUCAAGACGAAGGUUCAGGCGAAUCCACUAAAUACCUACCUCUCCACAACACCGUCCUUCACCUCUCCCAUGCCCCUCGCCGCCUCGGCCCCGCUCACAAUACCGCUACAAAUCACGCUCUCAGACUUCCGGCUGUCGGGAUUCAUCAUCCUCGUCUUCUCAAAGGCGAAAGGGAUUACCCUGGUCUUCCGAAACGACCCCCUUGAAUCACUAAAGGUCUCAUCGACAUUCGAUUCAAUACCGUUCAUCAAAGACUACCUGCAGAAGGAGAUUGAGCGCCAGGUCCGCGGCCUGUUUCAGGAGGAGCUCCCAGUCGCGGUGCACCGGUUGUCGCUCCGGCUAUGGAAUCCUGAAUAUGCGGCGUCGCUAGGCCUCGAUUCCCCGGCGCCUAACAACGAAGAGACGGCGGGUGGUAGUGAGGAGGACGAGGAGACUGCGGCGGCUUUUGGGACAAAUCCAUUGUUGUCGCCCACGGACUCGGAGUCGGACUCACCGUCUAUCUCGUUCUCGCAGAAGAAUCUUGCGGCGCUGAAGGAACUGGGCUGCUCGCAGAAGACGCUGUCAGUUGGAACCCCGUCGAUCCCGGAUGUGGUAUUUAGGGCUUGGGCGUCCGGAAAUGGCUCCGCGGCAUUGGGCGGUGAUAAGACGCCGGCGUCACUGGAGCCCCCUGGGACGCCAGUAAGCGGCAACAGCAGCACAUACACAUUCUCUGAGAAUGGCGACGCCGUAAGCACGACGGGCAGCUCGUCGUCAAGACCGAGUAUGUACCACACCAACAGCUCACCGUCGCUCGCAGGCGCAGCGGGCCGAACAAGGGGCAAGCGGAGAAAGCACAGAGUUGUCAACCUGCGCGCGCAGCCCGCGGCGCCGCUAUCGGUGGAGACUGCGUCAGCGGUUGUUACAGAGAAGGAGCCGUCUACACAGGACGAGGUCACGACACCCACGGCGCCGAAAAGAGGCGGCGUGAGGUUCAUUGACCCUGUUGCGCGCCCCGUGACGACGACAGAGGCUCCGAAGACAGUUCCUAUCACGCUUGUCGCACCCCCGUCGCCGGCGUCCUCAGUGUCGACGGAGAACAUCACGUAUCCCGCGACCUCCUCCUCCGCUUCUGCCUCCUCGGCCUCGUCACUGUCCACGGAAGCUAGUCCUUCGAAGAGCUACACGAACGAGAAAAGGCCGCAGUUGAGAGCAGGGGCGGCUCAUGGAAGUGGGAUCUUGGAGAGGGCGUUCUUGAUGAAGCUGGCAGGUGAAAUGCAGAGGAGGCUAGAGGAAGAGCGAAAAAGGAGGGGAGAGGGCGCCGAUAUGUGGCAGGUUGAGAGGGAGCUGCGGGAGCUUGGUAGAGAAGCUCCGCCGGCUUAUGGCAUGUAG